AUGCUAAAGAAGAAAAAAACAGAAGUAUAUGCUUUAGGUGAACAUAUAUCUAUGUCUGCUGACAAAGCACGAAGAGUAAUUGAUCAAAUUCGUGGACGUUCCUAUGAGGAAACGCUUAUGAUACUAGAACUCAUGCCCUAUCGAGCAUGUUAUCCCAUUUUGAAAUUGGUUUAUUCUGCAGCAGCAAAUGCUAGUUACAAUAUGGGUUCCAACGAAACCAAUUUAGUCAUUAGUAAAGCCGAAGUCAAUGAAGGUACUACUGUGAAGAAAUUGAAACCUCGAGCUCGAGGACGUAGUUUUCCGAUAAAAAGAUCGACCUGUCAUAUAACUAUUGUAAUGAAAGAUAUAUCUUUAGAUGAUGAAUAUGGCGAGAUGUCUUCGUUAAAAAAAACGAGAUGGAAAAAAAAAUCUACAGCUAUGACGUAUCGUGAUAUGUAUAAUAGCGGGGGAUUAUGGGACAAAAAAUAA